AGGAACAGUUCAAAUCAGCACCGUUUAGUGGUAGAAGCAUCCAGUCUGAACUGACAGAUGAAAAUGAGGUGCUGUGUUUUUCUCUAUCUGCUCCUGCAGGUUUUGGGAGGUUUAGGUCUUCCCCUUUUCGAGCUAAGCUCCAAAGCAGAUGAUGCUCUUCAGAUGGCCCUCAAUGAGAUCAAUGCACACUACACCAGGAUUCACCUCUACAGAGUGUCCAAGGCAUCUGUGAAGAAGAUUGUUCCUCUGGGCAUGAACACAUUUGAUCUGCAUCUGAAGUUUGGCAUUAGGGAGACCGAGUGCAAGAAAAGCUCUGGACUCGACCCUCAGGGCUGCAUGUACCGCAAGGGAUUUUUUGUGCCAGAGGCAGGAUGUUAUAUGAGAGCGCGAACGACACUGCAAUCCACUCGUAUCAUCGCUCUCAGAUGCACAAAGGCAGACAGCUUAAGCUCUGAGUCCAGUGAAGAGGGAGCAUUAACAUCAUACAUCGAUUUAAAUCAUUUCUGGUUUACAGAUCGCACACAUUCAACUACAUCGCCAAGCAUUCACCUUGGUCCACCAAUGCAUGAGAGCCAUCAUGCCAACAGAGAAGACAGCCACGUUCGUGGAGAUCACUUCAACAAUCAUCUGCCAUAUCACUGACCUCGCAUGAAGAUUCUUCAUACUAAAAAAUUAAGGUGCUACAAACAUAAAGCUAAACCAAAAGACUACUGUACUACAAAAAAAAAUCCCCUAGAAGCCUGUAACUUUAUAGACUGUACAUAAAUAUGAACAGAAACCCGCUGACUAGGAAACCCAAAGAAAGAAACAACCACGCAUGAUAUCAACAUGUAUAAUUUCAUUUUAAAUUACACAUUUUGCAGAGAGAUAUGUAGAGCAUGAUGUUCAUAGACCUUCCAUGUAUCAAGACCGGAUACUUAAUAAUUUAACAUUACCUUCAGUUUGUUACUUCUUAUCUUGAUAAGUUCCAUGAUAUUGUAAAUACAUUCAAUAAACAAAUCCUUCAAAAUGAAA